CAGUCAUGACUUGCAUGAUGACUUCUCACACUGUAUGUUGUAUAAACUGUUCUCGAAAGUUCCAUUAUUUCUAUACCUCACUAUCUGACCUACAGCUUCCGUGUUAUUUAGUAGACGUUUGAUACUGUCACUUUAAUGUGUAAUACCUACAAUGAGAGCCGUACUUCUUUCUAUAAACAUCCUUGUAGCACUGUCGGCUCUCCACGCUCAGGUCACUGACGUAACAGAACCGACAGACCGCGAAUUUCAAGAGGCUGUCAGUCAAGAAAUUCUGGCGAAUAUUGCUGAUGCUGCUGAUACCGUCUGCAAGGCAUUUAACCCCAGCCCAGAAGUCAUUACUCGGUCCAUCAAAAGAAGAAGUUGGUGGAGCAAGUUGUUUGAGAAAGGUCAAGGACGCUGCCAAAGACAUCUGGGACAACAACGCAUAUUAGGCAAACGACCUUCAGUAACAUUUGCUUUGCCGUAUGUUUCCAAAACUUGGACUGAUUGGUAUCGCACUGGAAGAGAAGCCGGUGAUAGUGGCGUGCCCAAAUGUAACAAGGAGUUGGCGCAGAAGCUGACCAGCAUCCAAGAUGCUCUUGUCGUGCUGGGUACCAUGACGGAUCUAGUGACGUCAGCACAGGGAUGCUCGAAGAAACCGGAAGUUUGAGAUUUCUGAAAUCCAUUUAGCACUAUUUAAGUUGGAAGGUUUUGUUUUACAUUAAAAGC